AUGCAGCUCUUGGUCUCCAUCCUGCUGAGCUUCCUCAUGGCGCACAUCACAUCCAACCUGGUAGUCAACCGCUUCAGGCGGAUGCAGGCCUUGUCAAGAGCCGCAUCACCCGAGCCACCGCAUCCGAAGCCAUCCGACAAGAGCGACAGCCGCGAUGGAAUCUACCGCCCAACCCCGCUCGACAUCACCGUGACCCGUAUAAUGCUCACCCGCUCACUCAGAAUUCCGCCCGAUCUAGUCGACUCCAUCUUCGACUACGCUGAAUACUGGGCACACUCCAUAAACGUGAUAGACUACCAGGCCGAGCACCAAGAUUCCCUGCGAAUUGCCGGAAACUCCGCGACAGAAAACAAGUUCUUGCUUCGAUCCUACCCUCUGGGCCUGACGCACAUCCAAGAACAAGAUUCCCUGUCCAAGCAGCUCGCGUACGACACGACAGAAGCCAAACCGCUUCCUCGAAAAUCAGAUCGAGAUGCAGCCUACUUUGCCAAGCUGGCCAAAUACCCCACCCCCAAGCUGCUCAGCCCAGCACGCAAGGUUGUCUUCACCAUCAAGAGCCACGACCAAGGUUGGAGUAGCCAGGAGGGAAGGGGAACAUACAAGUCCUCCUGGACGUGGUUCGAAGCAGGGCUAGAACGAUUCGACGCCGACCAGUCUUGCAACUCACGCUGCACUAGCGAUGCACGGCAAGAAUCCGCCGACUCGGGAGAGCCCUCUCUUUCGGUCUGCGCUCUUCGCCCGCUCCGCCCCGAAAUCGAGAAGGAGCAAAGUGCAGUGGGCUCUGUGAACGUCAACGGUGAUGACGGACAGCAAAGCACGGGUAGCAAUGAAGAGCACGGCGACGAGGACAGAUGUAGAUAUAUCCAUCCCUUGCACCGCGACCCGGAUUGGGAAAUACAAAGGAACAAGGCGGCGACUAUGCAAUGGCAGGAGCAUGUCGUGACGUGGUCGUAUUUGGACGACAUGCAGCCAGAUUCAGAUGCUGGAAAGGCAUUAGAUGACCAGGGACGCGGCCGGGGAACUGGUGAUGGAUCAUUCGUGCGAAACCUGCGUCUGGGCGACGUCGUUACAGUAUGGGGAAAGGCAAGGUUUACCGGAUGGGUGAACACUGUGGACCACGUCAAGAUCGAGGUGUACUGGGCUGUGUAA